AAAACUUGUGAGGAAAUGCCCGAGCCCAAAGCAGCACUCGCCCCAAAGAAGGGCUCAAAGAAAGCCGUUGUGAAGAACCCGGCUAAGGGAGGAAAGAAGCGUAGAAAGACCAGGAAGGAGAGCUAUGCUAUCUACGUGUACAAAGUGCUGAAGCAGGUUCACCCUGAUACCGGGAUCUCUUCUAAGGCGAUGGGAAUCAUGAACUCGUUUGUCAACGACAUUUUCGAACGCAUCGCCGGCGAGUCUUCUCGUCUGGCUCACUACAACAAGCGCUCCACCAUCACUUCCAGGGAGAUCCAGACAGCCGUGCGUCUUCUGCUCCCGGGAGAGCUGGCCAAGCACGCCGUGUCUGAGGGCACCAAGGCCGUCACCAAGUACACCAGCUCCAAGUAAACAAACAAAUCUUCUGUUCAACUCUUUAAAAACCCAAAGGCUCUUCUAAGAGCCACCUACAAAGCCUAAAAGAAGAAUUAGACUUCAUUUGGUUAAAGCUGUUUUACUGACCUUGUUAGAUAUACAACUUUAAUUUGGAUAUUUAGAAUUUGUUAUUUAACCAAACACAUACUGCACACUCGAAA